UCACAUGUGGUCGGUAAGUACGGCAGUGGCAGUCAAGUGCCAAGUGCCAACCACCAGGUCCACCACCGUCCAGACUUCCAGUCAUCUACAAUAACAGCAGAGAAAACUGCUCAUCAGAAUCUCCAAGAAUCUCCGAUAUCAGCUCGACUUUGUAAAACCCACAACCACUUACAUACUAGGCUUUGUCUGAAUAAUAUUCAUAGCAUUUCAAGAGCAAAAAGAAUGGAAAGGUUCAAAGCCUUGAAUCGUCUCUCUCAUUACAGAAGAACCCUUUUUCCUCACAGCAGUGAUUCUAAUUCCAAUAGCCUUUGCGAUGACACAGUAUUGGUUGAAGGAAAAGCAAGUUCCAGAAUUGUGACUCUCAAUAGACCCCAUGUUCUAAAUGCUGUGGUGACUCCCAUGGGGGUUAGGCUUAUCGAACUGUAUGAGUCCUGGGAAAAAGAUCCCCAUUUUGGUUUCGUAGUAAUAAAAGGCAGUGGCAAGGCAUUUUCUGCCGGUGGAGAUGUUGUCUGUCUUUACCAAUUUAUGGAUGAAGGGAGGUUGGAAGAUUGUAAAGAUUGUUUCAGGACAUUUUAUGGUUUGAUGUACCUCAUACAAACAUAUAUGAAGCCACAUGUGGCUUUAAUAGAUGGCGUAACAAUGGGAGCUGGUGCAGGGAUAUCAGUCCUCGGGACAUUUUGCGUUGCAACUGAUAGAACUGUUUUUGGGACUCCUGAAGCUCUAAUUGGUUUCCAUCCUGAUGGCGGGGCUUCAUAUUUCCUUUCACAUUUACCUGGUUACUUAGGGGAGUAUAUGGGUCUAACUGGAGCCACACUUAGUGGAGCAGAAAUGGUUGCUUGUGGGCUUGCUACUCACUAUUCACUGAGUGCAAAGAUUCCUCUGAUCGAAGAGCAACUUAAGACAUUGCUUUCAGAUGAUCCUUCUGUCAUAGAAGCUGUUCUAGCAAAAUUUAGUGAUGUUGCAUAUCCAGAUGAGAGAAGUGUUCUUUGUAGGAUUGAGAUGCUAGAUAAAUGUUUUGGCCAUGACACAGUUGAGGAAAUUGUCAAUGCUUUGGAAAGUGAAGCAACUGGAUCAAAUGAUCCAUGGUGUAUUUCAACACUAAAGAAACUAAGACAAGCUUCACCUUUGAGCUUGAAGAUUGCCUUAAGAUCGAUAAGAGAAAGUAGAUCCCAGACUCUUGAAGAAUGCUUGAUCCGUGAGUACCGGAUCUCAGUUCAUGCAAUUUCUCGUCAGAUCUCAAGUGAUUUCUAUGAGGGUGUUCGGGCACGAUUAGUGGACAGAAACUUUGCACCAAAGUGGAACCCACCAAGGUUGGAAGACGUGUCCGAAGACAUGGUUGAUCGCUACUUUUUGCCACUUGGCGAAUAUGAGCCUGAACUAGAGCUACCCAAAAAACUACAGGAGGCCUUUGACUAGGUCAACAUGCAAGUGCCAUAUUACAGUAGAAUGUAUUUGUGAAAGAAACCUGAGAAACGAACCACCUGCCAAAGAAAGUCCUUUGAUGGGUGUCCUAUGCAUUCACUGAUUUUCAGUGUAUCAAUUGCUGGUCUUGGUGUUGAUGUCUCCACUGGAUACUAAAUAAUGAUGGCUGUAUUCAAUAUCUUAUGAUUCUAUCGACUUAAUCUUUUGCUCGG